AUGCACCCUCUACCAUAUCACGGCUCCAGCUCGAAUUUCUAUCAGGCGGAACCUGAGGUGGUUCUCAAAGCGCCGAUGCGGAUUCGCGUUCAGAAUGAGAAUCGCAAAGCCUUGGAGGAACAAAACAGCAAGGCAAUCGAUGUCGAGCGACGCAUAUUGGAGGUGCUGGGAAAGCACCCCAGGAUUGUACCGUACCUGAGGUUUGAUCAGAGUGGCAUCCACCUUGCAAAGGCCAAACUCGGGGAUCUACAGAACUAUAUCGACUCCUACCACACCGAAUUGCACCCUCUCCAGCGCUACAAGAUUUGUGAGCAGGUUACUGAGGCAGUCGUUCAUGUGCACGAGCGCGGCGUGAUACACUCAGAUUUGCGACUGGAAAAUGUCUUAGUGGAGCAAGUUAAUGAGUCAUCUGUCAGUGUCUGGCUUUGUGAUUUUGGCGGGUCAACGUGUGAUCAAUUGGGUCUGGAUGGCGGCCACUUGCCCGACACUCCUUUCUUUGACCCCCGCCUGCGAUGGUUGUCGACACAGGCAACCGAUAUAUUCAGUCUAGGAUCUAUUUCUAUACUGUUGAGAUGGGAUACUGGCCAUUUAUGA